AUGGCAGUUGACCCUAACAUCGUAGCUAUCUUUGGGCCACCGCCGAAAGGGCUGGAUCUCGAGAAGAAUGUCAUCACCACCUACAAUGUUGUCGUUUGUGUUGUUCUCGGCAUUGCUGUCACUGUUGUCGCGUUGCGGUUUUACGUGAGGAACAUGAAGUCGGCGAACAUCGAGAUGGACGAUUGGGCGGUUUUGGUCAGUCUGGUUUGUGCUUCUGCUACUGUCGCUAUGACAAUCUUGGCGGGCGAACAUGGCUCUGGAGCUCAUGUCUGGUCAAUCAAGCUCACCACUCUCGUCGACGUCUUCAAGAUCGUCUACGCCGAACCCUUCGUAUACGCCCUCGCCGUCACAUCCGUUAAAAUCAGCAUUCUCCUCCUCUACCGUCGCCUCUUUCCCCUCGGCAUCGACAAAAAUCGAGUUUAUACAAUAAUGUUCUGGAUAGCGACCUUUCUGACGACCAUAUACCCUUUUAUCCUCUGGAUCACCAUGCCUUUUGCCUGUCGACCUGUCAGUCAUUUCUGGAAUCAGUAUCUGGGGGCCAAAGGCAAAUGCAUUGAAGUGAAGUUGUUCUUCCUUGUUCUUGGGAUCAUGAACAUGAUGAACAAUAUCAUCAUUCUGACUGUUCCGAUACCGAGAAUUUGGACACUUCACAUGAACAAUAAGACCAAGAUUUCUAUCAUUUGCAUCAUGCUUCUUGGCAGCUUUGUAUGUGUCGCCAGUAUCGCGCGAAUCUACUACCUAUGGGGCUUCUUCCAAAACCUCGACGCGACAUGGUGGAUGGGCCCGUCAUUCGCGUGGUCCAGCCUCGAGCCCUCCGUCGCCGUCAUCUCAGCUUGUCUGCCCACACUAGCACCAUUAUUUCGCAUCAAGCGCAUUAAUUCUACUUCACGUGGUACACCAUCAGGACCAACCGACUUAUCCAAAUCUGGUUCUAAACACUUCCAACUCUUCAGUGUGAACAGGAUGAAAGGAGGUGCUUUCGGUAGUGAUGAUGAUGAGGUCGAGUUGACAUACGAUGUCGGGAGAGGCGGAACCGGUGAUGGGUCAAUGUGGAAGAAUCAGGGGGGCUCGGCUGCUGAGCAAGGGAUUGUUGUCCAGACGCAGGUUUCGGUGACGCAUCAAGACAGGAAAGGUCGAACUAGCACUGAUUGA